ACAACGUCAAUUAGUUGGUCGAUACAAAAAUAAUUGACGUUUAAAAUCUGCGAAUGUGACAUUUAAAAUAAAAUGCUAAUUAAAGAAGUAUACUUAGUAGUAGAAUAUUAAUUUAAAAUGGAAGAUCGUGGGGAAUCUUGUGAACUAGAACAAUUAGUUCCUAGUGAUGCUGAAGGGGAUGGUGAUGAUACGAUUGUCCCAGAAGAAAUAAUUGAACCAGCAACGACUGAGCGAAAAAUUAAAUCACCUGUAUCACCAGUCGUUAGCAAUAAGAUGUCUUCAAUUGGUGAUUCUGGACAGGGAUCAGUAACUCACUCAGCUGGACACGGGCAUUAUGGCACUAGUAAUUCGAGUGGAAAUGUUUUAUCUUCAUCGAGAUUUAUGUAUGUCAAUGAGAAACGUUCUGCAAGAGAUGUACGUUCCGGGACAUUACGUGCAAAAAAUGAACAUCGAGUAGAUAGCAGACAUCAAAUACGUCAUCACUCAUUUCUCGCAGAACUGCCUGACGUCAGAAACAUGGAACGAGCCUUAAUUGGUUUAUUGGGAGAUUUUCAUUCAGGAAAAUUACGAGCAUUUGGAAAAGGAUGUAGUAUGGAACAAAUGACUGAUAUUCGGGAACAACAAGAACGUUUGGCACGUUUACAUUUUGAUUUGGGUGCGGCAGCUGCUUCAAAUGAUCCACCCCUAAGUGCAGAAGGUUUACGGCAUUCACAGAAUACAAUGUCUCAAUUAGUUCAACGUUUAGAACAGUUAUCGGUGUCUAUUGAACAUUUGCAUGCUAGUGAACCUUGAGUGUGUAUAAUUGUUUUAUAAAGUAUUGUUAUAUUCUUUUAAAAUUUGUUUAUGAUGUUCUUUUAUACGGAAAUAUUGGUUAAAUUAUUAUUAUAAAAA